CAUUCUUAUUGGGCCAAACAAAUUCAAUCAAAGUUACCACUUUCGAACUCGAAGACAUUCUUAUUCCCAAAAUUGUUUUUAGGUAUUUUUACAUUUUUCAUCAAUUUGACCCUUCUUCUUCCCUCUGUCUGACAGUAACUACCAUCAUCAAUUGAAACAAACAGGGCAAAUUGAACGCUUCAUCUUUCCCUAACCCACCCUUUCAUUCCCUUCCCCUCACCCCUCCAGACGGUACAAAUACUUGGAACCCUAUCACUUUUCUCUCACCAUCUGGAACUCUAGCUUCCUCUCCAAUUGGACCGGAGAUGAAGAACAAAUCGAAGGUGAACACCGAUUUUGGAGAAACCCAAACCGAUUUGCAGGGGCUGCGAACACGAGCCAGUGUUCCUUUGCUCAUUUACAAACCGAACUGAGCUAAUCGUCUCGUUUUCAACCAAGGCAAAAUCGAACAAGCGUGUUUUUGAUCUGAGCAUUUUUAUAAUUAAGCGUCGAGCAAGCUCUAUAAUAGGACUCGACUUUUGAACAUCAAUUGUAUCUGCUGAAAGGGUUGCUUGCAUUUGAGCGGCAUAGACAUGAUACACUGUUUGAAAAAGUAACUAUAGACGAGAUUGAGCGGGUUCAGCGUAGCAGUACCUUACUUGAGGGCAGAGAUUAAUGUCCUCCUAGAGUAAUUGUGUGCAUAUCAAUGGGGAGGAUGUUUAUGCCAUAAACUGAGUAUUGCGUAGCAUGGAGAGAUGUUUUUAUGUCAUUUUUCCAAGAAUCAACAUAAACGAUCCAUACAAAAGCCUCGGUAUCAGCAAGGAAGCUUCCGAAGACGAAAUCCAAAGUGCUAGAACCUUCUUAGUCCAAAAAUACGUGGGUCACAAACCAAGCGUCGAAGCAAUUGAAUCCACACACAACAAAAUAAUAAUGCAAAAGUUGUACAAGAGGAAAAACCCCAAAAUCAACUUGAAGAAAAAGAUGAGGGAAGUAAGUCAGUCUCGUGUUGUACAAAGCGUCACAAGCAGAUUUAGAACCCCGACUACCAACUUCAUCGUCAAAACAUCGGUUGCGUUUGUGGUACUUGCAGCUCUUACCGUCCUCUUUCAGGUUGCCAUAUCACUGUUUACCACUAUAUAUUUUAUAUAUGAUCGGCUCAAGAGUAAACUCAAAGCUUUUCUUUACGGGGUUGGAACCUUUAUCGUGUCGUGGCUGUUGGGAACGUUCUUGAUGCUGUCGGUUAUUCCACCAGUACUGAAAGGGCCGAGGAGUUUGGAAGUGACAACAUCGUUGGUAACAUACACGCUUCUGUGGGUUUCUUCUACUUAUCUUAAAUAGAAUCAAUGCAUUGUUACAAGUGAAGUCGAAAUUCUCUUUAUUUAAGAAAGUAGUCAUUAUGUUAUAAAGGUCAAAUUAUAGAGUAAUUUUUUGGCGUUAUGAUGUUGUAUCAAGAGUUAGUUUUUCUCUUUUGUUCAUUUAUGUUAACUUGUUUGUGUUUA